UUUGAGUAACAAUGAGACCAACAAUACAUGCAAAAAUUACGUCGUCGACGCCAGCGGUGACACAUUAAAUUUCAUGGAGGAUAUCACUUACAAAAAGGUUAGUUACGCUUAUCUAAAUUUGGACUUCGAUGGAAUUUUCACGACGCCUGCAAUUACAAAUCAGUCGAUUGUGUACCCGAACGUUUGGAUUUGGUGUCAAGAGCAUUCUACCCUUCCCUUGUUAUAUGGACCGUAUGAUUUCCGUAUCCUUUCUGUGGGAACUAUGAACUGGUAUGUAAAAAGUUACGAUAUAAAAGUAUCUGUGGGGCCGAGCAACUGCAGCAUGGACUUUAAUAAAUUCGACACAUUGGUGAAAAUAGCAUCUUCACUUAGAACAAUGGUAAAUUUCACGAGAACAAAAACUGGCAAGACAUUAAAACUGGAUAAACCGAACGCAUUUUGUAAUUUUGUGAAAAUCCCCACACAGACGUCUAUAAUGGAGUCUUACAUGCUAGGCUGGAAUCGCUAUCGAAUGUCCGGAUUUCAGUGCUGCGUGGAGAGGCCGACUGGAAAAAUAGGAAAGGGAAAACACUUUGAAAAAUCGAAGGAAAUCUAUGACUGUUCAAGAAGAGUUUCAAAAAGUGGUUGGUUGUCAUUUAUACAAGUUAUUUCUUUUAUAUCGUUCUUAUAUGCGCCGUUAUUACUUCAGUUUUUCCCCGACAGCCAACGCCCAUCCACUUUCACACUGCAGACGUCAAGACGCGUACUAUCACGAAACAACGGACGUGAGCACGAAAAUGGACAGAACUGGUCAGGACUGUGGCUGUCCGAUCCCACCACCUACUUCCUAACAUAUUUCAAACUUACAAACAAUGGGCGUCAGCGACAAAUAUGGCUCUCGCGGGCAUGGAGACUCGUGCUGUUUUGGUUUCUCAUCCCCAGCAUUCUGAUACUUCGAAUCACUCUGUACUAUUAUCUCAAAAGAAAAACGCUUGAGAAACGAUUACAUGCAGGAAUACCGAUAGGUUUUCUGGCCAUACCAUUCGGAUUCGAACGCAGUCUAGAAAAUUGGAAGUACUGGAUGGGAGGUCCGUAUGUCGUGUUACUGCUAUAUGCCAGUCUCUCCGUACUGUUUUUCUGCCUCCCAAAUAUUUCAGACAUUCUCAUGUGGAACUUUGCUAAGUCUCAUCACAGAGCAAAGCGGUAUUUUGUUUUCAGUCAAUGCUUGACUAUGGUCAACGGGUUUGGCUAUGUGGACUUCAGCAAGUACUAUGGUUUAAAAUUUGUAGGUCUCAUCAUUCUUGGGCGGAUCUACGCUAUUAUCAACCCUGAAUUCUGGUUGUACUUCUUGCUAGUAUGGAAGCUUCGAAUUAAGAGACUAAUGCGUUGGGCUUCCAACCCCAUUGCAUCUGCACCAAAAUGGCUCACAACAAUUUUAUACGUGCCGCUAAUUUUCCUUACUAUCAUCCCAGUAGCCAUAGAAUUUUUCAUCACCGUGGUAUACUUUGGUUUACCUUUGCUCUACCUACUGAAAGUUUUGAUCUGUUCGUAUAUAGGUAGAGUUUGGCAAUACCUCACCAGUGACAGUAAAACAUCAGCGUGUCCCUUCCGCAACGUUUUUGGUGUAUUGGCGGCUUUCCUGAUAACUAUGACUUUACUCGUGUAUACUUAUAUCUUUGGUAUGAUUUACGUGACCAGCACCUCCUGGAUUUUUUUCUUACUGGAUCAGACAUUUGUCGGCUUGGUAAUCUACCCGCACGAGGCUCUGGGUUACGUAAGCGUGGUGUCCUCAGUUGUGUUCUACACUUACCAUAGCAUCCAUGGGUUAGUUACUGGCCACGCAACGUUGUUUGACCUAACGCUACAGGCGUGCAAGAGGAUUAAGAGAAAUCACAGCACCCAGCAUCAUGCACAAGACAGUAGGACAAAUCCAAAUAGGCAGAAUAGAAUCCAGUCCACAUACGGGACUUUCUCUUCUGACUUUGACAACUUAAUCCGGAGCAAGGGACGCAUCCUUUAUAUCCCUCAGGAGCUCUUCAAGCGUGUUCUAGGAAAACUUCGUCCACUACGGCGAGAGGUGCUUAAAUCUGGGCUAAAGCUGGCUGUAAUGAUUUUCUUUCUAGUGGUUGUCAUUUUGGUCACAAAUGACUACAACCGGCAGGAAGAGUUGUAUGCAAUCCCUCAGUUGAUCGGCAUAAUUGUGGUGGGGACGCUGCCACAGACAAUGCAGAUUGUCUGCUCGUGUUGUAAAAGCCACGUGAGGAAACUGAAGAUGCAACAAAAAGUCGAAGACAUUGUUGAAGAAUGGUGGGAAAUGGAAAAGGUUCGAAGCACAAUGACGGAAUCAGACUCGGACGAUGAAGAGUUGGGGGAAAACGGUCUGCUGCAUGGAAGUAAAAGAAGUGUUCGUCUAAGGCUGUAUUCCCAGAGCUUUUAGAUCGAUCUAUCGCCGCGGGGAGUCUCACUAGA